AUCCAAUCCAAUCCAAACCGUCCCUUGUCCCUCUCUUCCUCGAAACGCAGCUAUGGGGACUCGGCCGCGGGGGGUCGUCCUCGCGCCAUGGGCGGUGGUGCUGGUGCUGGUGCUCGCGCUUCGUCUGGCAGGCGCGUCGCAUGUGAUCCACCGCAGCCUGGAGGCCGAGGCGGCGCCGUCGGUCCCGGCCUCCAUUGUCAGCCCCCUGCUCAGGACGGGGUACCAUUUCCAGCCGCCAAUGAACUGGAUCAACGACCCCAACGCUCCGCUGUACUACAAAGGAUGGUAUCACCUGUUCUACCAGUACAACCCCAAGGGCGCGGUAUGGGGCAACAUCGUGUGGGCGCACUCGGUGUCGCGCGACCUGAUCAACUGGGUGGCGCUGGAGCCCGCCAUCUACCCCAGCAUCCCGUCCGACAAGUACGGCUGCUGGUCGGGCUCGGCGACGAUCCUGGAGGACGGCACGCCGGCGAUCCUGUACACGGGGAUCGACCGGGCGGACAUCAACUACCAGGUGCAGGUGCUGGCGCUCCCCAAGGACGCGUCCGACCCGCUGCUCCGCGAGUGGGAGAAGCCGGAGGAGUACAACCCGGUGGCGACGCCGGCGGCCGGCGGCAUCAACGCGACGCAGUUCCGCGACCCGACGACGGCGUGGCGGCACGCGGGGCACUGGCGGAUGCUGGUGGGCAGCGUGCGCGGCGCGCGCGGGAUGGCGCUGGUGUACCGGAGCCGGGACUUCAGGAAGUGGACCAAGGCCAAGCACCCGCUGCACUCGGCGGCGCUGACGGGGAUGUGGGAGUGCCCCGACUUCUUCCCGGUGUCCGGGCCGGGGCUGCAGGCCGGCCUCGACACCUCCGCGCCCGGAAGGAAGUACGUGCUCAAGAGCAGCCUGGACCUCACCCGCUACGACUACUACACCAUCGGGUCGUACGACGGCGGCAAGGACCGGUACUACCCCGACGACCCCGCCGGCGACUACCACCACCGCCUGCGCUACGACUACGGCAACUACUACGCGUCCAAGACGUUCUACGACCCCGUGGAGCGCCGCCGCGUGCUGCUCGGGUGGGCCAACGAGUCCGACAGCGUCACCGACGACAAGGCCAAGGGCUGGGCCGGCAUCCAUGCGAUCCCAAGGAAGAUCUGGCUGGACCCCACCGGGAAGCAGCUGCUGCAGUGGCCCAUCCACGAGGUCGAGAAGCUCAGGGGGAAGGCCGUCAGUGUGGACGCCAAGCUGGUCAAGCCCGGCGACCAUUUUGAGGUCACAGGCAUCGCAACUUAUCAGGCUGACGUGGAGGUGAGCUUCGAGCUGGAGCUGGAGGCGGGGACGAGCCUGCUGGAGAAGGCGGAGGCGUUCGACCCGGCGUACGACGACGACGCGCAGAAGCUGUGCGGAGUCAAGGGCGCGGACGCCAGGGGCGGCGUGGGGCCAUUCGGCCUCUGGGUGCUGGCCUCCGCCGACCUGCAGGAGCGGACGGCCGUCUUCUUCAGGGUGUUCAGGGACGGACACGGCAAGCCCAAGGUGCUCAUGUGCACCGACCCCACCAAGUCGUCUCUUAGUCCGGAUCUGUACAAGCCGACCUUCGCGGGCUUCGUCGACGCCGACAUCUCCAGCGGCAAGAUCACCCUUAGAAGCUUGAUCGAUCGGUCCGUGGUCGAGAGCUUCGGCGCGGGAGGCAAGACGUGCAUCCUGUCACGGGUGUACCCGUCCAUCGCCGUCGGGAAGGACGCUCACCUCUACGUUUUCAACAACGGCGAGGUGGACGUCACGGUGUCCGGCCUGACCGCCUGGGAGAUGAAGAAACCGCUGAUGAACGGCGCCUGAAAUUGAAGGGAAAAAACAAAAGUCUAUCCGGCCGCCACGUGACUUUCUUUAUUUUCGUUCUUCUUCUUCUUCGUCAACACACGUCUCUGCCGCCAAAGGAGAAAUUGAUUGAUUUCAACGUACGUAUGUGUACGUCUGCUGCCGAUCGAAAGAGAAUUGGAUUAUUAUAAAAUUGUUUGAGGCCGGUCCUUCCAUUUUCUCGUCCUUAAUUCCUCUGGCAUGCAGGAUCAGUGACCGACGACUUGUAGUUUGCUUGAGCAUGUUGUUUACGCUGCUAGCUUCUUGUUGUACGAUACACAUAUACAACAAUAUGACACGAUGAAUAAAAAAAGUGCUGCUAAUUAAUUUU